AUGGACCGUAAUUCGUUCGGCGAUUUGACCGAGCGAGCAAGUUUCGUCAGGGACUACAGUCCGCCAUCGCAAAAAAAAGACCGCUUCAGUCUAUGUAAAACGCUCAAGUCCAUAAUAUGUGGACAACUAGUAUCAGUGCUCAUGUGCGGCACGGCCUACUGUCUAGAAGAUAUCAAAUCCCGGCCGAAGGAGCCGUCCGGGAAUAUUUCGGGCCUCUCGGCAGCUCUAAUAUUCCCUACCUAUUUGACUAUGUUCGUGAUUUUUAUUCCGUUCCUUGCUCGUCGAGGUGGCGAAAAUUCGCUGCUCAACGUGGUUCGGGGCCGAGGCAUCAAGUACUUCGUGGUAGCGGCUAUCGACGUCGAGGCCAACUACCUCAUAAUACAUGCCUACAAAUACACCACGUUGCCCAGCGUGCAGAUGCUGGACUGUUUUAGUAUUCCGAUUGUAUUGGCAUUAUCGUGGCUGUUUCUCAAAGUCAGAUACAAGAUUGUACACAUUCUCGGAGUUGGAGUCUGCCUUCUCGGAGUCGGUUCUCUGGUCUGGAGUAAUGUUCUCGAGUACAAUAACACAACGCCCCAAAAUCGCCUGUUCGGUGACAUGCUCUGUCUGUCUGCUGGAGCUCUCUGCGGAGUUUCGAAUGUGCUCCAGGAGUUCACCGUCAAGGCAUUUUCAGGAAGCGUUGAAUUUCUCGCCAUGAUCGGACUAUUCGCUAGUGCCAUUAGUGGGAUACAAAUAGCAAUUUUGGAACUAGACGCAGUGCAGACAGUUCUUUCACUGACUCCCUCACAGCAAAUAAGCGUGCUAGGGUUCUGCGUAUUCCAAACGCUCAUCUAUCUGCUCAUAGCGGUUGUUAUUUCGAACUCGUCGGCGACAGCGCUAAACCUCUCGACUCUCUCAGCGGACGGUCUAUCUCUUCUAGGCUACUAUUACAUUUUGAACCCAACGUUCGGGCUGCAUUAUCUGUUUGUGGUGUCCCUGUCGUUGGUGCUGUUGGGAGUAGUGCUGUUCCACUGUAAGCCUACGCCGCUAGGCUGUCUUGUAAAUAUGAACAUGGCCAACCAUUUACACUCGCGACUCAGCGUCGCUGUCCAUCUCGACUCGGACGAGGAAGCUUUAGCCAACGGAAGACCCGCUUUUGGUACUACGGGAGCUCCGUACUCUCGGGCGGACUACGACCUCCUAAGAUAGUACCGAGUGGCCGCGCCCCGGCCGCCGCCACCAAAGCGCAUCGUAUGCGCAUACGGACUCGUGGUGAUGGGGGGCGGCCUAAAAGGAACACCACGCAGCGUCAGCGUCUGACAAAGGCUCAUUACGUGAUCUCAACCAACCCGUAGCGACUACUUUGAGAGUUUUCUACAAGCGAUUAUUGAUCGAUUGAGUGCAAGCGCGCGAGCGAAACGAGAGAAGAACAAACAAUAAACUUGGAACUCUUUUUUCCUAA